CACUUUAGCGUCGAGGUGGUGGCGCACGCUAUCGUCUCUUUAUUUUUUUUUAGAUGAUUCCUACGGUUAUCUUCUAGUUUACAAAGAGGCAAAAGUUUAAUUGGUUCCCUUUCAUCGUCGGCACUCAGUGCGCAUGCGCUAUGAUUCCGCGUGCUUCUGUCACGAAAACGACGCAAGUGCUCCAGAGGCGCCGAAACAGCCAUGGCUCAAGAAAGCGACAACGGAAACACGCCUCCUGCGUUUACCUUCGGCGACGAAGCAACGCCGAGCACAAGCCAGGAAUUCUCCGAGGGUGCUUUGUGUACGUCCGACUAUUGCGAUACGAUUUAUUGACGACUCCUUCGAAGACCUGUGGAACGCGUUGAGCAGCCACAACGAUGGCACGGACGUCACUGGCCAUACACAUGUCACUGAAAGCGGGAAUCACUAGUUCCCCGCCUGUGGCGUCCAGCACUGGCAUCAAUCACGCACAGCCCACUACAAGCCACGCUAGCAUAGAGGAAGGAUUGGUCAUUCCGGAGAACAUCGCUAGGAUUUCUGACGACGCCUCGCGUUACCAGGGGAAUAUGCAGCACAUGCCUAUGACCGACGGUACUUGCAACGUCGACGGAAUGCUCCUGGAACCGGAGGCAGGGAAGAGCGAGAGUUGUGCGGUGUCUGCGGCAACGUUUCGAGCAAACGGGAUGGCUUACACGGGCACGCCAAGGAAGUCACAGAUGACACAGCCCACAUUUUUAAAGCAUGUGAGCAGUCAUUUGUGAAGAUGUCCAAGUGUGUACACAACAGUACCGGCAAAAAACACAAAUGUGAAACAUGUGGUAAACAGUUCCACCGGGGAGAUCACCUAGCUGAACAUCAUCGCACACACACGGACGAGAGACCCUACAAAUGCGAAAUAUGUGAUAAAUCGUUCCGGCAGUCUAAUCAUCUAUAUAACCAUAAGCGCACGCAUACAGACGAGAGACCCCACAAAUGCGGAAUAUGUGAUAAAUCGUUCCGCCGGUUCAGUCAUUUGGAAGACCACAAGCGCACGCACACAGGUGAGAAACCCUACAUUUGCGAAACGUGCGGUAAAUCAUUCACGAAGGUGGCGAAUCUCCGUAGACAUCAGUACACUCACGAAGACAAUGGGCUGAACAAGACAAAGGGAGUUAUGUUACUCCGCCAGCCAAUCACAGAAGCCAACAAAAUCGUCGUCCGAGAGCUUUGUGGUGCAUGUGGCAAUGUUUGGAGCAGAUGGGACGCCUUACACGGGCACGCCGAGGAACACGCGGAUGACACAGCCAACAUUUGCAAAGCAUGUGCUCAAUCGUCUGUGAAAAUGUCGAAGUUUGUAGAUCAUUGCCGGAACCGUACUGACAAAUACAAAUGCAAAACUUGUGGUAAACAGUUCCACCGGGCACAUCACCUAGCUGAACAUUACCGCACGCACACAGACGAGAGACCCUACAAAUGCAAAAUAUGUGAAAAAUUGUUCCGGCAGUCUAAUCACCUAAAUAAUCAUAAGCGCACGCACACAGGCGAGAGACCCUACAAAUGCAAAAUAUGUGAAAACUCAUUCCGGCAGUCUAGUCACCUAGAUGACCAUAUGCGCAGGCAUACAGACGAGAGACCCCACAAAUGCCAAAUAUGUAAUAAAUCGUUCCGGCUGUGUAGUCAUCUAGAUGACCAUAAGCGCACUCAUACAGGCGAGAGACCCAACAAGUGCCAAGUAUGUCAUAAAUCGUUCCGGCAGUCUAGUCAUCUAGAUUACCUAAAGCGCACGCACACAGGUGAGAAUCCCUACAUUUGUAAAGCAUGCGGUAAAUCAUUCAGGCAGGCGGCGCAUCUCCGUGAACAUGAGGCCGCUCACGCCGCAGAGAACGGUCAUGUAUCCCAAAAAUGUGCUAAAUAAUUCAAAAAGAAGUAUAAUCUCCAGAGGCAAGUAGACUCGCAAUAUGGAAACGGCGCUUUCGUUUUGAAAUCUGUGAUCGAUACUUUCAGAACAAUUCAAAUCUCCUUCGUAACCGCCGAACAAGGCACAUGGAUAAAACACCAUAUGAUUGUACGCUGUGCGGAUGUCGAUUUGAAGACCAAGAAACAUGCGAUAGGCAUGUGUGCCAGAAGUAAUGCAAGAUGUGAACGUUGCCGUCUGGUUUUUCGAAAUUGCGCGACAAGACCUCGUUGCCAGAAGUAUUUGGGGUGCUUCAAUGUCGAAAAAUACGGCAGGUCCUGGCCAGCGCUCACUGUUGCAUGAACUAUAUUGUUGGGCAACGUUGCUUUAUCAAACUGACUUCAAGACAAACCCUAAUGGGCUGCAAGAUUGUUUUCUGUAACUAGUGUGCUGAAAUGUUGACAAAAGUUCCUUGACUCCCAUUUGUUUAGAUAAAAUUCUUGUGCAGUUCUGUUUACAGUGUACAAGCAAACAAGCUUUAAUGAACCAUGUUCGUAGUGAUUUUUCAGC